AUGUUAAAGACACCGAGCUACAGUGUGGACGUGUUAAAGACACCGAGCUACAGUGUGGACGUGUUGAAGACACUGAGCUACAGUGUGGACGUAUUGAAGACACCGAGCUACAGCGUGGGCGUGUUGAAGACACUGAGCUACAGUGUGGACGUGUUGAAGACACCGAGCUACAGUGUGGACGUGUUGAAGACACCGAGCUACAGUGUGAACGUGUUGAAGACUCCGAGCUACAGUGUGGACGUGUUGAAGACACCGAGCUACAGUGUGGACGUGUUGAAGACACCGAGCUACAGUGUGGACGUGUUGAAGACACCGAGCUACAGCGUGGGCGUGUUGAAGACACUGAGCUACAGUGUGGACUUGUUGAAGACACCGAGCUACAGCGUGUGCGUGUUGAAGACACUGAGCUACAGUGUGGACGUGUUGAAGACACCGAGCUACAGUUUCUACGUGUUGAAGACACCGAGCUACAGUGUGGACGUGUUGAAGACACCGAGCUACAGUGUGGACGUGUUGAAGACACAGAGCUACAGUGUGGAUGUGUUGAAGACACAGAGCUACAGUGUGGACGUGUUGAAGACACAGAGCUACAGUGUGGACGUGUUGAAGACACAGAGCUACAGUGUGGAUGUGUUGAAGACACAGAGCUACAGUGUGGACGUGUUGAAGACACAGAGCUACAGUGUGGACGUGUUGAAGACACCGAGCUACAGUGUGGACGUGUUGAAGACACAGAGCUACAGUACACAGAGCUACAGUGUGGACGUGUUGAAGACACAGAGCUACAGUGUGGAUGUGUUGAAGACACAGAACUACAGUGUGGACGUGUUGAAGACACAGAGCUACAGUGUGGACAUGUUGAAGACACAGAGCUACAGUGUGGAUGUGUUGAAGACACAGAGCUACAGUGUGGACGUGUUGAAGUCACAGAGCUACAGUGUGGACGUGUUGAAGACACAGAGCUACAGUGUGGACGUGUUGAAGACACAGAGCUACAGUGUGAACGUGUUGAAGUCACAGAGCUACAGUGUGGACGUGUUGAAGACACAGAGCUACAGUGUGGACGUGUUGAAGACACAGAACUACAGUGUGGACGUGUUGAAGACACAGAGCUACAGUGUCUACGUGUUGAAGACACAGAGCUACAGUGUGGACGUGUUAAGACACAGAGCUACAGUGUGGACGUGUUGA